CGCUGCCGCUGCCGCCGUAGCCGGAACGUUCGGCCCGGGGCGGCUGGGGCCGGGCCCGCGCGCGCCGCGCCCUCUGACUCGGGGUGGGGAACAGGAUUCGCUUCCCGACGGAGGGCCCUCCUCGACUCUCGCUUGGUUUGGCGGCCCCGGGUCUCCUUCCAAACAGCCCCCGACUGAGUCCCCUCCAGUCGGGGACCCUCCCCUCUCCACUAAGGAAGAGUGGACACCUGCCGCUCUGUCUCCCUAAAACGGGGUCAUCUCCUCACACCCACACAGACGGCAGGGGGCUUCACGAUCCGGUUCGCCCUCUUUCCCAACUCCAGAACCCUCUGACCCCCGUUAGUUUAUAUUGGCCCCUGCCUCGUGCCCCGUCCACGCUCACAGAGAGGCAGCCCCAACCCCAUACAGGCUGGGCCUGGCUUGCUGCCUGCGGGUCCCUUCCAGACCAUCCCUCUUCUUCACUCCCCCGACCCCCUGUCCUGUUCCCCUCCGUCCCCUUGUCACCCUUUGGAGCCCUCGCCUAACCAGGAUCCAGUGGGUACCUCCUGCCCCAGGAUGUGAGCCCCUGUAACCUGUAAUGCUGUGGCUGGCCUUUGGCCCCUUCCAUGCCAUGGAGAACCAGGUGCUGGUGAUUCGUAUCAAGAUUCCAAAUAGUGGCGCGGUGGACUGGACAGUGCACUCUGGGCCGCAGUUACUCUUCAGGGAUGUGCUGGAUGUGAUAGGCCAGGUUCUGCCUGAAGCAACAACCACAGCAUUUGAAUAUGAGGACGAGGAUGGUGAUCGAAUUACAGUGAGAAGUGAUGAAGAAAUGGAGGCAAUGCUGUCAUAUUAUUAUUCCACAGUAAUGGAACAGCAAGUAAAUGGACAGUUAAUAGAGCCUCUGCAGAUAUUUCCAAGAGCCUGCAAGCCUCCUGGGGAACGGAACAUACAUGGCCUGAAGGUGAAUACCCGGGCUGGACCCUCUCAACACGGCAGCCCAGCUGUCCCGGAUUCACUUCCAAGCAAUAGCUUAAAGAAGUCUUCUGCUGAACUGAAAAAAAUAUUAGCCAAUGGCCAGAUGAAUGAACAAGACAUACGGUAUCGAGACACUCUUGGUCAUGGCAACGGAGGCACAGUCUACAAAGCAUAUCAUGUCCCAAGUGGGAAAAUAUUAGCUGUAAAGGUCAUACUGUUAGAUAUUACACUGGAACUUCAGAAGCAAAUUAUGUCUGAAUUGGAAAUUCUUUAUAAGUGUGAUUCAUCAUAUAUCAUAGGGUUUUAUGGUGCAUUUUUCGUAGAAAACAGGAUUUCAAUAUGUACAGAAUUCAUGGAUGGAGGAUCUUUGGAUGUAUAUAGAAAAAUUCCAGAGCAUGUCCUUGGAAGAAUUGCAAUAGCAGUUGUUAAAGGCCUUACCUAUUUGUGGAGUUUAAAGAUUUUACAUAGAGAUGUGAAGCCCUCCAAUAUGCUAGUAAACACAAGAGGACAGGUCAAGCUGUGUGAUUUUGGAGUUAGCACUCAGCUGGUGAAUUCUAUAGCCAAGACGUAUGUUGGAACAAAUGCUUAUAUGGCGCCUGAAAGAAUUUCUGGGGAGCAGUAUGGAAUCCAUUCUGAUGUCUGGAGUUUAGGAAUCUCUUUCAUGGAGCUUGCUCUUGGGAGGUUUCCAUAUCCCCAGGGACCUUAAAGAAGUCACUCAUUUUUGUGGACCAGCAUUCGCAGCUUAUCCAUCCACUGGAUCCUAGACUCCAAUACAGUGCCUGGCGUAGAGUAAGUUCUUGAUAAAGACACAUGAACUGGGGUGCCUGGGUAUCUCGGUCGGUGAAGUGUUCAGCUCUUGAUUUCAACUCAGGUCAUGAUCUCACGGUUUGCUAUCAGUACAGAGCCUACUUGGGAUCCUCUCUCUCCCUCUCUCUCUCUGCCACUAUCCCACUCAUGCUCCCUCUCUCUGUCUUUCUAAAAAUAAGUAAACUUAAAAAAAAAAAGGAUGUGAAUCAAUGAAUUAGUGAUUUAGCCUGACUUCACUUUUUUUACAUGUUGACCUAACAGAUUUUAGAAUCAGAAAGAACUAAGAAUCAAUACACAUUUUUAAGCUUUCAGUUUGUAAUUUUGUCCCCUUUUCUUCUGUGUCCAUAUUUCCCCUCUGUCCUGCCAGCAUUAAUACCUGAAGGAUCAAAGCUUCCAAAGAAAUGUGAUAGUUGUCUUAAGAUACUUGAGGGUUCUCAUGUAAGAAAAGACGUGGAUUUGCACUGUCAGGAAAGUAGAGCUGGAACAAGAGAGAGAAUAGACAGUCAGAAGACAUAAAGUCCCCAUCACUGUAUGCAUCCAGACAGAAGCCCUGUGAGCCAGGAGUGUAAUGAAGGAGGGAUUCAGGGAUCACACAGAGGUGGGUCAGAUUAAAAAACCUUUAAGAUUCUUUCAGACCCCGAGAGUCUGUGAUUCUACUUGAGUGUUGGACAGGCCUCUCCUCAACCAAACAAAUACAAGGCUAAUGUAUUUCCUGUCUGAUGCAGGGGAGAGGCAACAGGUAGAAACUUCCAUCAGACUUGUCUAGAUUCUGUAAUUGCUUUAAUCGUGUACUCAUUUUGACUCUCGAAUACCUUGUCAGUAUGAAACCCAAAUGGAAGAGUACAGGAAAGAAGUAAUUCUUUUUCAGCCCAAGAUUUAUACACGUCUGUUCCUCUCCACUGAGCCAACUGUGUGAUAUGGCUAUCUAUCAAAAGCUGAAGGCACGUGUAGCUGCCAGGAGUUUCUCCUCCUGAGUAGCAUAUAAUGUCCAGGACAAGGCAACUGAGCCAGUCUUUCCGAGGCAUGUGUUCAGGUGUGGGUGUCACACUUUAUGAGGAACACACACGCAUGGCACCACAUUCCGAGAAACGUGGUCACAGUGGUGGAGAAUGUGAAGCCAUGUUCACCUCCGCCAGGCAGCUUUAUGGUGCAGGUAACAGAACACCCAACUCAGGUUGCCUCAACCACAAGGGGACUUAAUUGAAAUCCAUGGUCAAAAAGCCAAGUAUUCCUGGGUUUUUUGGUAGAACUGGAUUCAACAGGUCACUUUUGGCUCUGUUUCUGGUAGGCUUCUUCCUUCACAGACCAAGAAUGGCUUUUGGGGUUCCCGGGCCACCUGCUUCCCAGUUAGAAAGGAAUAACAAACCUCUCUUCCCCACAGGCAGCAAGAGGCCAUAGGCUUCAGUUUGAUUGGAUCAGUUAACUUCCCCAAGCCCAGGGGACUUAGCUGUUGCGGACUAGUUUAAGCCUGAACCACAUGUCCUGCCCAUAAAGCUGGCGAUGAAGUAGGUGAGGAUGUGAAGUACAUGGGCUAUUUAGGGCUAGGGGAAUGUUAUCAGAGUGUCAUUACUAAUAGAAGGGGGAAGAACAGAGGGCAAUCAAUCAUAGCAGAUGAUCUCAAGGAGAAAACAGGAUGCUCACUCGGGAAAGAAAACUUCGUGAAGAAACAGCCAUCUUCAAAUAUGUGAGUUGCUGCCACUAAAUCACUACAGCUCCAGACCAUGGGUAUAUCUCCUAGGGAGACAUAUUUGAACUCGUAAUAAGAAAGAACUUUCUGACAAUUUAAGCCACCCAGGAUGGAAUCAUUGGAAUCCCAUUCCUGGAAGUCUUCUUCCAGAGUCAGAAGCAAGGAGUCCGACCAGGUGACCUCUAACAUCGUUCUGGAUUCUUUCGCUUGUGGAGGAUUGAAGUUAAUAGAGAUGCAGACUAAAUGAUAGCUCCAGAAAAACGCUUUGAGACAUUUUGACACUUUAAAAAUCUUUUGUUAUAGCACAUUUAUUUGACCGUAAACAAUGGAAUGGUCAAUAGGCCUUUCUCAAAAAGGCCACAUCCCCUCCCACUCCCUGCCCCCCACAUACAUAACUGAUACUCUAAACUAGAUUCUAGAAUAAGACCACCCUUUUGGGGGGAAGAAAGAAAAGUUUGGUACAGCCAGUGUAUUUUCUUUGAAAGGAAAAAUCUUCUCUGUGAGGAAAGUGCUCAAUGGACAUCUUGGCAAGGCUAAGGGAGAAGAUUCAUUUUAUAACUCACGUGUUUCAUUUUAAAAUGUGUUUGUGAGCCCCUGCUUUUCUUACAAAAUUCAGGCCUGAAUAUUAAAAUUUCCAUGUGCCCAGAGGAUGAUUUACUAGGGUUCCUAUACCCCUAUGUGAAGUAGGACAUGAGCUAUGUCAGUUUUAAAUACACAAGGGAUAAAAGAGUGUAGACUGGCAGUCAGGUCCUUUCUUUCCUGCUCACUGACUGGCAGACCCAGCAAAUGAAUAAUGUUACACUCUACCUUGACGCUCCAGCUGCUGUGUUUUGUGUGAAAAUGCAUCGUCCUUGAUACUCGGGAAGCAGUGAGAGCCAAGUGAUCUAAUUUAUGGCCGUGAUGAUUUUCUGUCUGGUCCCAUCUGAGCUGAGCCCUCCUCUAGGCAUCUUACAGCCUUUCUGUCCCACCCAGCUAUUUGUGAAAUUCAGGGAUAUCUAGUCUGAGCUUUUCAAAACUGGUCCCUCCUAAAGGCAACAGAGAGAAAGUGCCAGGGAGUGGAUUUUAGAAGCUGGGAAUCCUACUGACUUUCUCGUGUCCCACCGAGUAGCUCCUUGUUAAAUCAUCUGACAGCUUAUUUUUGUUUUAAGUCAUUAAUUGUUGUUUAAAUAAGACCCAUGACUUAUUUUUUGUUUUUGUUUUGUUCUAUGUAAGAUACGCUAAUAGAUUUCCAGGCAUGAUAAGAACUUGAACAAGGACAGAGGCUGAUAAACAAGAGAGAUAUGGCACAAGUGAAUUAUACUUGUUAAUUUUGUAUUAUUAGUAAUAAUAUAUAUUACUCAUUUAUUUUGUCUCGUGCAUUCAUUCAAUAUCUAAAAAUAUCAGUUUGUCAGAAUUCCCAUUUAUGGUUCACUAGGGUACAUUUUAUUCUUCUUUUUUAAUACUUUUUAAGGUUUGUUUAUUUUGAGAAAGAAUGAGAGACACAACCAGAAGAGGAAGGGCAGAGAAAGAGAGAGGGUGGGACAGAGGAUCCAAGGCAGACUCUGUGCUGACAACAGAGCGCCCCAUGUGGGGCUUGAACUCAUGAACCAUGAGAUCAUGACCUGAGCCAAAGUUGGAUGCUUAACCGACUAAGCCACCCAGAUGCCCCUGUUCUCUCUCUCUCUUUUUUUUCUCAAAAACAAAACAAAAAAAAAAACAAAAC